CGGAAUAGCUACGGCAACAAUAACAUUAAGCAAAUAAUAAAUACCGGCAAAAUUAGAAAAAAAAAUCCACAACAACAGCAAAAACAACUAAACAAAAUCACCGCAAUAUGUUAGAAAUUGAUAAGAUUUUAGAAAAAUGUGGCGAUUGUCAUCUGCAGGCCUUGAUGUUGUUGUUAUUUUGUGUCAUUAAUUUGCUCUCUUCGAUGCAUUAUUACUCACAGACAAUCAUCAGUUUUCAACCGAAAUAUUGGUGAGUGUGCUAACCGAUACCUUAGAAAAUGAGACUUUUACCCAUCCAAGCUCCCCUAACAUCUUCAUGUUUACCCAUAGAAAAUGCCAAUACAAACUCCUGUUCCAGCUACAAUUAUGAAUUGUAUAUGGGUUAUGAAAGUUUUACCAGUGAAUUGGAUUGGAUCUGUGAUAAUGCCUGGAAAUUAACAUUGGUUCAAAGUAUGUUCUUUGUGGGGUCGGUAGUGGGUUCUUGUAUUGGUAUCUUGGCCGAUAUAGUGGGUGAGUGCAAGUUAAAAUUAAUACAAAAAAUGUCAUUAAUAUUUUUCUUGAAGGACGUUUAACCCAUUCUAAUAGUGGCUAAUAUGGUGGCCAUGAUGGGUAAUAUUUUGACUAUAUGUACCGAGUUGGUAACAUUUUCGCUAUGUCGGUUUUUAUCGGGCUUGGCCACCGAUAGUAAUUUUGUAAUGAUGUAUAUAUUGGUUAUGGAAUAUCUGAGACCCUCAUUGCGCACUGUAGGCCUUAGUAUCUGUAUAGGUUUCUUUUAUUGCCUGGGCUCUAUGGCGGCACCCUGGAUAGCAGUGUUAAUGCAAAGUUGGCGGGGUUUUCUAAUGGCCACCUCAAUACCUCUAAUCACAGUGCCCCUCUUCUAUUUUGUGGUGCCCGAAAGUGUUCAAUGGCUGAUAUCGAAACAGAAAUAUACAAGCGGUAAGUAGUGUUUGAAAAGAGUGGCCAAAAUAAAUGGCAAAGUUGUGGAUGAAUCAAGUUAUAUUGAAUUCAUUGAAGAAUGUAAACGCAACCAGUUGCAUACAAAAGUUGCGCCCAAUUUAUGGGGACUCUUUGCCACACCACGUCUAAGGCGCAAUACAUUGAUAUUGUUUUUUAAAUCAAUGGUAAUUACUUUGUGCUACGAUGCAGUUUCACGUAACGUACAAGGUCUUGGCAUUUCCCCAUUUGUCAUGUUUACUUUGAGUGCCACUAGCAUAUUGCCAGCUUGUUUGCUUCUAAUUGCUUUGCAAGAUCGUAUCGGUCGCAAAGCCAUGGCAUCAAUGUCUUUGCUACUGAGUGGCAUAUUUAUAUCAUGCACCGGAAUUAUACUCUUUACAAAUGUGGAAAGUUCAACGGAUCAAAGCGUUGCUGUGGUGGUGGCUCUCUCGGUUAUAGGUCGUUUUGGUGUUACGGUGGCCUAUAAUUCUGGCGCCCAGUACGCCACCGAAUUAAUACCCACCUGUGUGCGUGGCCAGGGUGCUGCUGUGCAUGUCAUGGGUUAUGCUUUAUUUUUCAGUUCCUACAUUCUUCAUACGCGCCAAUAUUUUUCACCUUUACCCGAAAUUAUUUUGGGUUUAAUUUCUCUUUUAGGUGGUGGUUUAUGUCUGCUGCUGCCCGAAACCUUAAGUCGCACUUUACCCACCUCCCUGGAGGAUGGCGAGAAUUUUGGCAAAAAUGAACGUUGGUUUAUGUUUAGCUUUAUGGAAAGACGCUCCCAAUCGGUGGAUACUCUGGCUCCCUCCACCUCUACAAAUCUACAUCCAGAUAGUGCUUCCUAUUUUUAAUAUCUUUGUUUUUGUAUUGAAAUAAUUAUCGAAUUUUUAUAUGUUUAAGUAUUAUUUUUAAGGUUUUAGGGUAAUUUUGCAUUUGGAGUUACAUAAGUAGUUUUUUUUUUCAAAAUAGUUCCUUGUUUUCCAUGUGAUUUUUGAACAUUUUACCAA